AGAACUAAUAAAUUGACCCCACUCGAUCUGCUCUCCUUCGCCUCUGUGCAAUAAAUUCUUCAGCUACAGCCUACAAAUGCAACUUAGCAAAGAGGGCUUCAAUCGGUUUUUGAUCAAUUGGUAGAGGCAGCGCAUAAAUCUCCGCGAAAUCGUGAUGGCUGAUAAUUCCAAGGACGAUCUUCUGCAGUUGAUCAAACGUGUUGGAGCUUUCCUCUCUCUCAAGUUUUCCAAUUUCCCCCGCGACAUGAAUUCGCGAUCAGUUGGGGCCAUAGCAGGGCUAACACUUGCUUUAGUGUUUACUUGGAGAUUAUUGAGAGUACCUAGUGAACCUCAAAGAAGGCAAUCAAAACGGCAAGCUCCGCCAGCAAGUAGUUCUGGUGUUAGUACUGCUGAGACAGUGAAUGCUUCGUCCUUGGGGGCUAUCAAUCCUACAGAUGAUUCGAGAACCCAGAAUGUUAUCGAUGAGUUCUUUCAGCCUGUAAAGCCAACCCUCGGACAGAUUGUUAGGCAACGACUGAGUGAUGGAAGGAAGGUAACAUGUAGGUUGCUUGGUGUUGUUCUUGAGGAGAGCACUCCCGAGGAACUACAGAAACAAGCGACUGUAAGAUCAUCUGUGCUGGAGGUGCUACUUGAGAUCACAAAAUUUUGUGAUCUUUAUCUGAUGGAAAGGGUGCUCGACGAUGAGAGUGAAAAGAAAGUCCUUGUGGCACUGGAAGAUGCUGGGGUUUUUACAUCAGGUGGCUUAGUCAAAGAUAAGGUUCUUUUCUGCGGCACGGAGAAUGGACGAACAUCUUUUGUCAGGCAAUUAGAACCAGAUUGGCACAUAGACUCAAAUCCUGAAAUCACUACCCAAUUAGCUAGAUUCAUAAAAUAUCAGCUUCACAUCUCAUCUGUGAAGCUCGAACGACCUGCCUCUAAUGUCUUUACAGCACCAUUCUUGGAACAAUUCUUUGGUUGUGUUUAAUGUUCAAUAUAAGUUGCUGGAUCCAGACGGGUGACAUUUAAUUAAGUAAUAGAAGCGACACACCUUAUGAUACAAACAAGUCCAGAACUUCACCAAAAACUUAUUCUUUUUGUCCACAAAGCCUUCAGAAAAUUUCGUCUGUGUACUUUUAUAGUGUAUUAUUUUUAGAAAUAACUUUGUCCAGUUGGAAAUUUCAACCUUAUAACAGUGUAAGCCAUCAGGAUUUAACCCCUGUUGUAUUUCGUGUCACCAUCAUUUAUACCCAUUCUGAUUGGUGCUGUUUCACGGAGAGGUGAAACCCAAUGUCCUCGUCUGAUGCAGCAGGAAAGAUCGAUCAGCACCUGCUCUCUGCCAUGAGCAAGAUCGGCACAAAUUGUUAGAAAGCGUGUUCCCAGGUUAUGUUUUUGUUAAAGUUUAUACGCUUCAUGUCCCGUUUCCAUUUGUUUGCUUGAGAUGGGCCGUUGAUUAAGCUCAUUAUCGACUUUCUUGCUGCUGGUAUGUGAAUGUUCUUGUAGCAUCGAAUUGGGAGGUAAACUUGGUUGGAGUUUGAAUGUUAAACGUUGCUUGACUCAACUGCUGUUUAAAUAUUAAUGGUGGUUGCAUGA